AUGAGGUUGUGGUGCUGGUUAAGGGGGAGAUGAGGUUGGGGUGCUGUUUGAGGUGGAGAUGAGAUGAGGUUGGGGUGCUGGUUGAGAAGGAGAUGAGGUUGGGGUGCUGGUUGAGAGGAGAUGAGGUUGGGGUGCUGGUUGAGGUGGAGAUGAGGUUGGGGUGCUGGUUGAGGUGGAGAUGAGGUUGGGGUGCUGGUUGAGGGGGAUGUGAGAUGAGAUUGGGGUGCUGGUUGAGAGGAGAUGAGGUUGGGGUGCUGGUUGAGGGAGAGAUGAGGUUGGGGUGCUCGUUGAGGGGGAGAUGAGAUGAGGUUGGGGUGCUGGUUGCGGAGGAGAUGAGAUGAGGUUGGGGUGCUGGUUGAGGGGAAGAUGAGAUGAGGUACUGGCUGAGGGGGGUGGAAAAACGAGGGGGAAGGAAGGAGAGGGAGGAGGCACGUGGGCCGUUACCAUAGCAACAGACUGAUUGGCAAAGUGUAAGCAGUCGGCAGCGGUGUGAGGAAAGAGAGGGAAAGUCAUGUCUCCAAAGUGUCAUGAAUCUGGCUGACUGUGAGAGUCUCAUGAAUAAACUAACCAAACCAGCCAGACUACGUUGCUAGUAAGUCCCUGUUACUCUCCCCUCUCUGAUGCCUCUGGGUCAGCCGGAGAUAGACACCCUCAUAACCUGGAGUAAACAGUAUUCUAGGGAUCUAGUUCCUAUUGGUCAGACAGAGAUAGACACCCUCAUAACCUGGAGUAAACAGUAUGCUAGGGAUCUAGUUCCUAUUGGUCAGACAGAGAUAGACACCCUCAUAACCUGGAGUAAACAGUAUGCUAGGGAUCUAGUUCCUAUUGGUCAGACAGAGAUAGACACCCUCAUAACCUGGAGUAAACAGUAUGCUAGGGAUCUAGUUCCUAUUGGUCAGACGGAGAUAGACACCCUCAUAACCUGGAGUAAACAGUAUGCUAGGGAUCUAGUUCCUAUUGGUCAGACAGAGAUAGACACCCUCAUAACCUGGAGUAAACAGUAUGCUAGGGAUCUAGUUCCUAUUGGUCAGACAGAGAUAGACACCCUCAUAACCUGGAGUAAACAGUAUGCUAGGGAUCUAGUUCCUAUUGGUCAGACAGAGAUAGACACCCUCAUAACCUGGAGUAAACAGUAUGCUAGGGAUCUAGUUCCUAUUGGUCAGACAGAGAUAGACACCCUCAUAACCUGGAGUAAACAGUAUGCUAGGGAUCUAGUUCCUAUUGGUCAGACAGAGAUAGACACCCUCAUAACCUGGAGUAAACAGUAUGCUAGGGAUCUAGUUCCUAUUGGUCAGACAGAGAUAGACACCCUCAUAACCUGGAGUAAACAGUAUGCUAGGGAUCUAGUUCCUAUUGGUCAGACGGAGAUAGACACCCUCAUAACCUGGAGUAAACAGUAUGCUAGGGAUCUAGUUCCUAUUGGUCAGACAGAGAUAGACACCCUCAUAACCUGGAGUAAACAGUAUGCUAGGGAUCUAGUUCCUAUUGGUCAGACGGAGAUAGACAACCACAGAACAUUUUCACGUUUUUGAAGACACUCUUAUCCAGAGCGACUAGGGUUAAGUGCCUUGCUCAGGGGCACAUCGACACAUUUUUUUUCACCUAGACGGUUACUGGCCAACAGUCACACUCUUAACCACUAGGCUACCUGCCACCCCUUAUGGUGUGUGUGGAUAUACAGGUCAUUAUAGAUACAGAGUGGGUAUAUACACCCAGUGUUGUUUCAGUGUGUGUGUGUGUGGAUAUACAGGUCAUUAUAGAUACAGAGUGGAUAUACAGGUCAUUAUAGAUACAGAGUGGAUAUACAGGUCAUUAUAGAUACAGAGUGGAUAUACAGGUCAUUAUAGAUACAGAGUGGGUAUACAGGUCAUUAUAGAUACAGAGUGGAUAUACAGGUCAUUAUAGAUACAGAGUGGAUAUACAGGUCAUUAUAGAUACAGAGUGGGUAUAUACACCCAGUGUUGUUUCAGUGUGUGUGGAUAUACAGGUCAUUAUAGAUACAGAGUGGAUAUACAGGUCAUUAUAGAUACAGAGUGGAUAUAUACAACCAGUGUUGUUUCAGUGUGUGUGUGUGGAUAUACAGGUCAUUAUAGAUACAGAGUGGAUAUACAGGUCAUUAUAGAUACAGAGUGGAUAUACAGGUCAUUAUAGAUACAGAGUGGAUAUACAGGUCAUUAUAGAUACAGAGUGGGUAUAUACACCCAGUGUUGUUUCAGUGUGUGUGUGUGGAUAUACAGGUCAUUAUAGAUACAGAGUGGAUAUACAGGUCAUUAUAGAUACAGAGUGGGUAUAUACACCCAGUGUUGUUUCAGUGUGUGUGUGUGGAUAUACAGGUCAUUAUAGAUACAGAGUGGAUAUACAGGUCAUUAUAGAUACAGAGUGGAUAUAUACACCCAGUCCAGUGUUGUUUCAGUGUGUGUGUGUGUGUGUGUGUGUGUGUGUGUGUGUGUGUGCAUGUUCGUGUGUGUGCACGUGUGUGUAUGGUAAUAGGAUUACGCCUGGCACAGGGAGACAGAGAGAGCGGGAGGAGAGG